UCCCUAAUAUGUUAUUAUCCAGAGAGACAAACUCUUUCCCCUUUCCUUUUUUUACUAACAUUACUUUGUUAAAAAAUUGAAAAGUCUUUAAAUACGGUAAGCAAAUUGCAGCCAAGACCGAAAUUCACUUGUGUACACAUAAAUCUCAGUGAAUAAUAAAAAGGGUUAAGAUUUUUCACUAUGAAAUCUCUGAAAUUUGUGAAAUUGUCAUCGGGGUAUCAAAUGCCAACAAUGGGCCUUGGCACUUGGCAGGCAAAACCUGAAGAAAUAGAAAUAGCUGUUGCAACUGCACUCGACAAUGGCUAUCGGCAUAUUGAUACUGCAUUCAAUUAUAAUAAUGAAGAUGCUAUUGGGAAGAGUUUAAAGACAUGGUUGAAUAAUGGGGGAAAUAGAGAAGAGUUGUUCAUUACAACGAAGUUACCCCAUUAUGGUAACAGAGCAUCAGACGUUGAAAAGUAUUUGAAUUGGUCAUUGGAAAAAUUGAAAUUGGACUACGUCGAUAUGUAUUUGAUUCAUAUGCCCUUUGCCUUCAUCAGUGAUGAUAGCAGAUGCGCACCUCGACUUAACGAAGAUGGUUCAUAUAAACUUGAUUUUGAGAGCAAUCCUGUUUCUGUUUGGAAGGAAAUGGAAGGACAAGUUAAGACAGGCAAAGUUCGAUCUAUUGGACUCAGUAAUUUUAAUGAAAAGCAAAUUGAUGAAAUAUGGAAUAAUUCCGAGAUAAAACCGAGCAAUCUCCAAGUGGAACUACAUGCAUACCAUCAACAGAAAUCUCUAAGAAAAUUCUGCGCUAGUCACAAUAUUGUGGUAACGGCAUACAGUCCUUUAGCAUCUCCAGGUGCGAAACACCAUUUUCAAACAAAAUACAAUUAUAAUACCAAGAGAUUUCCGGAUCUUCUGGGACACCCGAUUGUUGACAGAAUCGCCAAAGCCCAUAAUAAAACAACUGCCCAAGUUUUACUAAGGCAGCUGGUGCAAGAGAAUAUUGUUGUUAUUCCCAAGAGUGCCUCGCCCCAAAGAAUUGCACUUAACAAUAAUAUAUAUGAUUUUCAAUUAAGUUCAGAUGAAUUGGCAGAAUUAGACGAGCUAGAUCGUGGUGCUGAGGGGCGAAUUUUUACCUUUUUGUUUUUUAAAGGUGUGGAGAGGCACCCGUUAUAUCCAUUCAGAGAUGAAUUAAUUUGAUUGGUAGAAAAAUAUUUAUUGACAAAUGAAAUGAAAAAAUGAAUGAAAAUAAAAAAAUACGAUACAGCUACAGAGAUAAUUGGAAAUUCAAGUACUUGAUAUAUAGAUAGGUUAUGAGAAUGAUGUAGCAUUUGAUUAAUUGGCGAACAACAUGUGUUGAAUAAAAUAAUUAACGAUUAAAAGAAAAAUAAAGGAACACUCAUCUUUCAAGUAA